GGGCCAGGUCCAGGUAGAGCCGCAGGGCGGCAGCGCGGCCCACAGGAUGAAGUGCUACCGCCUCUGCGCGUUUGAUGCCGCCCACGGGCCCCGGCGGCUGAUGCGCGUGGGCCUAGCGCUGAUCCUGGUGGGCCACGUGAACCUGCUGCUGGGGGCCGUGCUGCAUGGCACCGUCCUGCGGCACGUAGCCAACCCCCGUGGUGCUGUCACACCGGAGUACACUACCGCCAAUGUCAUCUCCGUGGGCUCAGGGCUACUGAGCGUUUCCGUGGGACUUGUGGCUCUGCUGGCAUCCAAGAACCUUCUUCGUUCACCACUGCACUGGGCUCUGCUGGCCCUGGCUCUAGUGAACAUGCUCUUGUCUGCCGCCUGCUUCAUGGGUCUCCUCCUUGCUGUGUCACUCACUGUGGCCAAUGGUGGUCGCCGCCUUAUUGCUGACUGCCAUCCAGGAUUGCUGGAUCCUUCCAUCCCACUGGACCAGGGGUCUGGACACACUGACUGCCCCUUUGAUCCCACAAGAAUCUAUGAUACAGCCUUGGCUCUCUGGAUCCCUUCUCUGUUCAUGUCUGGCGCUGAGGCUGCUCUAUCUGGUUACUGUUGUAUGGCGGCAUUCACGCUACGUGGAAUUGGGCCCUGCAGGAAGGAAGGGUUUGAGAGGCAGCUAGAGGAAAUGACAGAGCUUGAACCUCCUAAAUGUAAACAGCAGGAAAAUGUGCAGCUACUAGAUCAACAUCAGGAACUUCAGGAGUCACAGAAAACCUGGGUUUAGGACAGGCAGGUGAUGUUCCAAGGCUCAGUCCACAAGUGUUUUCCACUAAACAAGGGGCCCUGACACCAAGAUGAUAUAAUUAUAAUAAAAGAAUUUCUCUUUUUUUC